AAGAAAAAAAACAAUAAUAAUGAUAAUUGAUAAUGCAGAAUGUACUUAACGAUUAACUUGUAUUGUAAAAAUCAUAGUUUUUAUUAAAUUAAACAAGAUAAAUACGAUAAGCGGGUACUUGUUUUGUUAUAUAAGAUAAUAAUUUAUAGUUGAAUGAAUUUUAAAAAUAUGAUGAUGACAGUUGUGUUGAAUAAUUCAGACACGGUAUACAUUAAACUUUUUUUUCAAAGCAAAAUUAUUUAAAAUGUCUGAAGGAAUCGUUGUUGUUGGAUCUUGCAUGAUAGAUUUUACCAGUUAUGUUCCACGUCUUCCUAAACCUGGAGAAACUUUGGUCGGCAUGGAGUUCAAAAGAACUGUUGGAGGAAAAGGAGCUAAUCAGUGUGUUUCUGCUGCCAAACUUGGAGCCUCGACCACUUUAAUUGCUUCUCUGGGUUCAGAUAUCUUUGGAGAAGAAUAUCUUCAGAUACUUAAAUCAUUUAAUAUCAAUACAAAUUUUCUAAAAAUAAGAAAGGAUGUCAGUAGUGGAGUUGCUCAAAUUAUGGUUGCUAAUAACGGAGAGAAUAGUAUUGUAAUAGUUCUCGGUGCAAAUGCAUUACUUUGUCCUGCAGACGUCGAUGAAGCUGAAGGUGUUGUUAAAAAUGCUGCCGUUCUCCUGACUCAGUUCGAAACUUCUUUAGAUACUACUCUUCAUGCUUUAAAACUUCAUAAAGGCCGUGGAGUUUCAAUAGUUAAUGGAGCACCAGCUGUGGCUAAUCCGGACUUGAAUGUUUUAAAAACUAGUGAUAUAUUUUGUGUAAAUGAGAUUGAGACCGAGAUUAUGACAGGAAUUGAGCCACUGACGCUGGAUAAUGCACAAGAAGCUUUAGAUAAAUUAUUUAAAUUAGGUUGCAAUACUGUAAUAAUUACUCUAGGUGCUGGAGGUGCUGUUUUUGCAUCUCGUAAUGAUCCAAAAAUGAUACAUGUUCCUGUUGAAAAAGUUAAACCUGUUGAUACAACAGGGGCUGGAGACGCAUUUUUAGGUGCCUUAGCAUAUUUUAUUGCCUAUCAUCCGAAAUUAACAUUAAAAAACCAAAUUGAGCGAGCUUGUCAAGUUGCUAAAAAAAGUGUUACGAAAGCUGGUACUCAGCCUAGUUUUCCAAUAAAAGAUGAACUGUCGAAAGAAUUAUUUUUAUAG